AUGGAAUAUCUUAAACUUUCACAAACAUUUAUUAGAGAUAUAUUCACAGAAACGCAAGAUUUAAUAAAGGUAUAUAAUAAUAAAAUUGUAUGUCCUACUUCAUAUACUGAAAAACUUAAAGAACCACAAAAAAUAAUCAAAUUAUUAUAUUUGCAUGAUAAUAUUGAGAUAAUUCUAGAAACACUGAAAAAUACAGGUGGUAAUGAUUAUUGUUCUUGUGAGAAAUAUAUUAACGAAUGUGUUAAUAUAUAUAAAUUUAUGAAGAAUCAGUAUUGUACAAAGAUUACUGAUAAAGAUAUUAAUAGAGAAACUUGCUCACAUUUAGAUAUGUUUGAUAAUUCAUAUUCCAAAGUUCUUUUAAGCACACUGCAAUUACAUGAUAAAUUACCAUCGCUAGAGUCCAUACAUGAUGAAUAUGUUGGCGUAUGUAAAACAGCACAGAUUAAUCCAAAUCCAAUUUCCACUCUACAGAACAAUCCAGAUACUUCUCAAGAAUCCAUUGUAAAAACAAGUGUUGGUACAAUGGCAGGAGUAUCUUCCGUAUUAGCUUUAUUAUAUAAGGUCAAUAUAAGAUUUUAUAUUUUACACCUGUUGGUAGAUGGAUACAUUCUGGAUUAA